UCCAGAAUGGUUGGGGAAGGGGGAUCUUAGUUUCCACUUUAGUGCCCAUCCCGCAAGUAUUUCCACGUACAGUGGGGGACGCAAGAAUAGCGUACAGUUAAUUUCGUAGAAAAAAGAUGGGGUUAUACGAAAGAUAUACGUUACGAUUGGCGUUGUAAUGUUAUAUUAAUAGGCAUGCUUUCGCAAGUAGAAAGAUGGGCCAUGUGUUUGGUUAUUACGGAUUGGAUUUCAUCCAGUUCCUAGGAUCGAAUGAAUACACGAUAUGGCGCUAUAAUUUCCCCAAGAACUGAAUGUUAUUUUCUUGGGUAGUCGGCUGCAAUUCCCGGACUAUUGGCCUGCAUGAAAACAAACAACGUAUUCGUAUUCAUAUACGUAUUCGAAUUCGUAUUAGUACCGCUGCCAAAGAGUUUUCCCCGAACCGCCUGUUUUCCCUUUCAAGAGGCAAACGAUACUCAAUUCGCCACAACAGACGACCCGCACUUUGACCCUCGGAAAAGUGGAGAGGCUCCCUCUGCAUAUACAUAUGUACAUAUGGAUGAAGUCUUGAUUAAUCAAGACUACAUUCGAUCUAAUACUGACGUCGUGUGACACCAGGCUUCCGGGGCUUGACUCAUUAUUCGAAACGGGUUAUGGGGGCAUUAUGGACGUGGAAGACGCGGGGUCCUCAGUUAUGAUUCAGGGUCCAUCGCCCGUGACUGAGGUUUCAUUCUAUACGCACAGAUUCGAUCUAUGAGCAUAUUUAUUCGAAUGAGUCUCGCAUAGGUUGUGCUUUUUUCAGUUGCUAGUUCCUCGCUUCGAAUGGAUGCCGCCCAUUUAUUAUCCAGAAAAUUGCCAGAGGAAACUAUGCAAGCACCCACACAUACACACCCACACACACACACAUGCACACGGCCCAAGAACCGAAAAGUUUUUCAUUUCAAAAAUGCGGGAGAGGUGCGUACGGCCCAAAAUCAGGGCUACGAACAGACUGUAUUCCAUCUGUAGGAGCUUAUAUAUUUCCCUGGCACUCCUGAUUUUCGAACCAUACUUACUUAUCGGUCAAUGUAUCAAUAUUAAAAACGUGACUACAUUAUUUUCCUGGCAACGAAUGACUGUCUUGGACGCAAAUGUGUAACUGAUAAGUCACGAAUUGUGCUAGCCAUGCAGAUAUAACUUCUCUGAAAGAAGGUCUUGCAAUGCAAGUAUGUCGAUAGGUUCUGGCUUUCAUGUCAGAGUGAUGAAGCUCAAGUGGCUGGAACCCAGAAGCCAGAACCCAGAAGCCAGAACCCAGAACCAUUUUUAGGCAGUGGUCUAGUAUCCCUGGUCUAGUAUCUGGAUCUUCGAAAAACGGCAACAACAGCAACAUGACCCCGUCGGAAUAUCGACGAAAGAGCGAAAGAGUCGAGUAGAUCCGGGCGGAAUGGGGGCGGGAAGGGCGGUUAAGAAACAACACCGAAUAGGAACAAUGUAAACAAAGCGCCCAUUCCACAGGCAAAUUACCAAAUUACCCGAUGAUGAAGUCAAUUGUUGUAUACAAUAAAAAUGUGUAUUGUUGCUGUUGCUGUUGCUAUUGCUGCUGCUGCUCUGAGAUUCUUUUGUUUUCCUUUUUGAAAGUUUUUCUAGUUCGCCUGCUGUUUUUUUUUUUUUUGGUUUUUUCAAUAUUUUGUACGCUUGGCUGGCGGCGACUGCCUUCGGGCCCACUUUUUGGGUGGGAACCAUAUCGGUGUAUGGAUGCGGAGAAUUCAGUUUUUAGUACAAAUUCGGCGCAGGAACGAGCAACGCGUCUCUUGCCGACCACAAAGUGCCGCGCGAUGUUCCCACCAAAAUCCGGAGCAACUCCGCUUCCGAUCUCGAUAGCGCUGCCUGUUUCGGAUCGCAUGGCGGAUCAGGACGCGGUUCUGCCGGUACCCCUGGCCGACAGCCACUUGGACAUGGACCUCAAUCUGAAUCUGAAUCUAAAUAUGAAUACGAAUAUGAAUCUGAAUCUGCAUGUAGACGACAGGCGGCAGGUGCUCUUCGAGGGCUAUUCGGACGAGCUGCUGACCAUCGCCUGGGUGGCCUGCAUAGUGUUCAUCAUCGUGGGUGUUCCCGGAAACCUACUGACUAUCGUCGCCCUGUCGCGUGGUCGACAGACCCGCAACUCGACGGCCAUAUUCAUCAUCAAUUUGUCCUGCUCGGAUCUGCUCUUCGGCUGCUUCAAUCUCCCAUUGGCCGCCUCCACAUUCAAGGAGCGGGCGUGGACCCAUAGUGAUCUGCUGUGCCGGUUGUUUCCGAUGCUGCGGUAUGGCCUGCUGGCGGUGUCAUUGCUCUCCGUGUCGCUGAUCACCAUCAACCGGUACAUCAUUAUCGCCCAUCCCAGGCAGUAUCCAAGAAUCUACCAGCGACGGUAUUUGGCUUUGAUGGUAGCCGGCACGUGGGUCACCACGUUUUCCAUAAUGAUACCCACCUGGCGCGGCGUGUGGGGUAUCUUUGGCUUGGACGUCGACAUCGGAUCCUGUUCCAUCAUGCAUGAUCGGUAUGGCAGAUCCCCCAAGGAGUUCCUCUUCAUCGCCGCCUUCAUGGUGCCCUGCAUCUGCAUCGUGAUCUGUUAUGCCCGAAUCUUUCUGCUGGUGCGAAAGGCGGCCAUUCGCGCGGGAACCGCUGGCAAGAGCAAUGUCAGUGAUGUGACCCCCACCUCCACAACGCUGCAUCAGACUCAAGCCGUGGCCAUGCCAAAAAAACCGGAGAAGGCGAGCACGUCCAGCGGCGAGGCACACGAACCAAUCGUAGGACGACCCUUUGUGGUGGAGGAGCACCUGGCGUAUAUCGAUGACAAUGCUUCGGCCGACAGUCUACCGAUCUCGUACAGCAUAAGGAGAAGGGAUCAGGACCAGCAGCCACCGCCAGUUGAUGCCAAUGUGGUGCUCAAGGAGCGGGAGAAGGAAAGGGAUCGCGAUCGGGAUCGGGAUCGGGAUCAGGAAAAGGUCAGCCUGGGACGCAGUCAAACGCAACUAGAGAUGGGCAAACCAGCUGGAAAGAACCCCAUCACCACCUCCCUGCGCACCUCCUUCACUCGGUUCAGCCCACGGAAAUCACACUACGCUUCGAUGGGCAAUACCUCGAAUGCCUCCUCCAUUUACCCGGGUAGAAUGAGUGCCAAGGACCGGAGAUUGCUCAAGAUGAUACUGGUGAUCUUUGUUUGGUUUGUAAUCUGUUAUUUGCCCAUCACGGUGGCCAAAAUAUGGAAAAGCGCCACCGAGGUGCACUGGUUCAAUAUUGCCGGCUAUCUUCUCAUCUACUUGACCACCUGCAUCAACCCGCUGAUUUACGUGCUGAUGAGCUCCGAAUACCGAAGGGCCUACUGGAAUCUGCUUCGCUGUCACGGCUCUCCGGAUUCCCAGAAGCAACGGAAUCAGGCCAAUGCCAAGCGAAAGCACCUGGAGUCCAAUCGGCAGGUGAAGGCCACGACGUGACUCCAAAGAGAUGGAAAGGAUCCCUGCCUCAACACCUUCAUCGUCCUCCGUCCUAGCGGAAUAUGAUAUAUGUGUGCCAUAUGGUAAUAUGACGGGAGGAGUACCCGAAUGUCAUGUCGAAUGAUCUGCGGUAAGAAACAAUCCCUUGAUCCCUUUGUCAGUGAUCGCAAAUGAUCGUGCCUCCAAAAACGAUUUCUAGUCACACGAUCCGGCCGGGUCGUCCCCCACCCAUCCACGCACACACGAAAACACAGAUCACCCAUAUAUAUCUAUAUCUGUAUCUAUAUCUAUAUCUAUAUCUAUAUAAUGUAGGAACUCCAGAAGUGUAUUGCAUUUUAUACCAAAUGACUUUAAUAUCUGGUUUACAUUUGAAUUCCAUGUUUAAGAACAAUCGAUGUUUGUUUAAAUUUUGUUUUUUUUUUUUCGUUUUUUGCUUGUCGCUAAUUAUUGUACCAAUACAUAAUAGAUAUAUCCUUAUAUGGAUACGCCCUUUCUAUGCCCCCAAUAAAUGCUUCGAAUAAUUGAUAUAUGUA